GGAACAUUUAAGUGUGACACAUGUUCCCAGGUCAUCUCCUGAGGUCAUCUCCUCCACCAAUCACAGCCCUGCGUUGGCUUGAGGAUGAGGGAGACUUGAAGAUGAAGGACUCUAUUUAUCAGUUCUACACGGCGGCCAUCGGCCACACGUCGCUCGACUUGUUGGGAUUUUCCAGAUCCGGGACGGGUUCGGGGUUUGUGAAGAUGCUUCGCUCUCAGAUGAAGGUGCUGGUCGUGGCUUUGUGCUCCUCUGUGCUGGCGCUCCACGUCAGCUCUGCUCCACAGAUGGACGAACUCACGGAAACCCUACAAGCAGAACUGAUCGGUGAUAAGGAUCUAACCGGAUUGCUCCUGCUGAGGUUCAUGUCUGAACUGAUGGCGUCCAGAGGAGAAGAGAUGCAGGAGGAGGAGGACGAACGCGGAGGCAGGCAGAGGCUGAUGAGACGACACGUCCGCUUCACCCACCGAGAGCGCAAAGCAGGCUGCCGAAACUUCUUCUGGAAGACUUUCACCUCCUGUUAGCAUGAGACGCUUUGGGACCUCUAAACCUGGAGUAAUUGUGUU